CGUCAAGGUGAAUUCACAUCUGUGUUACGUGUUGGAGGUUAGUUGAUAGUCCCGGGAAGGAACCGGUGCAUCUCGUUCAGUUUAUUUCUUAUUCCGGUGGAAUAACAGGAUUUUUAUAUCUCACAGUUUUAAGUGACAAUGAAGGGCCUGGGGGGAAGUUCAGUUCACUUAUCCGUCGUCGCUGGGAUUUUCGCGACUACGGGAAGUUUGUUUGGAAAACUGGCUGGGAGUGUGGAGAUGGAAUCGAUGGGACUAGCACUUCUCAAGAUUACUUUAUUCGGAGUCAUGAUUCUCUUCAACACAGCUGGUUGCACCUUUUUUGUAAGGAGUCUUCAAGGCUGCGGAUCAUCCUUGCCUUCCACGGUGGUCAGCGCUGCUACUAACUAUUUCUGCUCGGCACUGGUGGGCUUUCUCGUAUUUGGUGAGACAACGUCGAUGCUGUGGUGGUGUGGUACGUCCUUGGUACUUCUUGGAUUAAUUCUCAUCUGCUACUCUUCACCUGAUAAAGGGAUUAAGAGUGAUGAUAAGGAUAAAAUAGAAUAAUUUUUAUGGAUUUUUUAUGUCCUCGAAAUCUAUAUAAGUUUUUUUAUCUUGAGGAAAAUUUUCGUGGAAGAAUUCAUUUUGAAAGAAGUGAUGGUACUACAUCCAUUCAUUGAACCUUGUCAAUUAUUAAUGCUAUUGAUAUAUUUACUUUUACUCUGAUGACCAAAAAUGUUAAAUAAAAUUUGACAAGUAGCAGUGAGACGUAAGCUUCGAAUUGAUAGAAUUCGAAAUUAAUAAAGGACUGAAUUGCGUACA